CAUUAAAGACCGCCCUUUUCAAAGUACUGAUAAAACUACAUUAUGUUUAAUUUAUUAUUUAAUGUUGAACCGAAGAAUAUGUUUACCUACGUUCAACUGAAGAUAGUGAAUGACAUAAAUAUAGGAUUUCAUUGUUACCGAUAAAAAACAAAUUCAAAAUGAGUAGUCGACCGAGUGUUUCAUCUUUGUAAUAAAAGACGUUUUAUUGAUUGAAAACGAUAAUCUACAUAAGAUGGCCAUGAAUUCGAGCUACCUUCUUGUGGCCGCUAUUGAUUUUGGAACAACAUAUUCUGGUUACGCCUUCUCGUUAAAGUACGCAUUUGAUAAAGAUCCUUUGACAAUUGAUGCAAAUCAGGCCUGGAAUGCUGGUGGAAAACAACUACUUUCAUUAAAAACACCAACAUGUUUGUUGUUAGAUUCUAACAAACACUUUGACUCAUUUGGAUACGAAGCUGAAAACAAGUAUGCAGAAAUUGUAAUGGAAAACGAACAAGACAAGUAUUAUUAUUUCCACAGAUUUAAAAUGUGUUUGCACAAAAAUAAGAAUGUCUCAAGAGAAAUGAUACUGAAGGAUAUAACAGGCAAAUCAAUGCCAGCAAUUGAUGUUUUCGCUUUAUCUAUAAUGGCUCUGAAGAAUCAUCUGAUAUCAUAUUUGGUCACGAAAGGUACAGGAGUAGAGUCGAGGGAUAUAAGAUGGGUUUUAACUGUUCCUGCAAUUUGGACAGAUAAUGCAAAAUAUUUUAUGAGAGAAAGUGCAGAAAAGGCUGGUAUACCGAAGGAUAAUCUCCUCCUCGCAUUAGAACCUGAAGCUGCUUCCAUAUAUUGCCAAUACCUACCCACAGAAAAAUUCACUGGUAUAGAACCGGGAUUCACAAUGUCAGAACCAGGAACCAAGUAUAUGAUUGUAGAUAUUGGAGGCGGAACAGCAGACAUCACAGUUCAUAAAAAAUUAUCUGAUGGUUGUUUGAAGGAAUUAUGUCGAGCUACUGGUGGAAAGUGUGGGGGCACUUGUGUUGAUUCAGAAUAUAUACAAAUGUUAAUCAGCAUAUUAGGCGAAUCUCUUAUUGAAAUAUUUAAACGAGAAAAUCCUGAAUCCUACCUUGACUUAAUCAGAGAAUUUGAAACUAAAAAGAGAACAAUCACAUUUUCACCAGAUACGAAAAAGGUUAACAUGGUUAUACCAAUGACGGUAGUAAACAAACUUUGUAAAACACACAUAAACAAAGAUUUUAAAAGUGCAUUAGCAUCGUCACAGUUUUCUGAUUCCAUAGUCAUUCGCGGUGAUAAAGUGCGAAUCGACACUGAUGUCUUCAAGAAAUUGUUUGACAAAACAAUUGCAGAUAUUCUAGAACUUAUUCAAGAAAUUUUCAAAAUGAAAAAAGCAAACUCCCUAAAUCAGAUUCUUCUUGUCGGUGGUUUUUCGACAUGCGUCCUUGUUCAAGAGGCUGUUCGACGUGAAUUUUCAAACUGUAGAGUAGUUAUACCGUUUGAUCCGGAUUUGGCGGUUUUGAAAGGAGCUGUUUUGUUCGGUCAUAAAUCAGACCUUAUUUCAUCUCGCAUUAGUAAAUUUACAUAUGAAAUAUCAUUUAAUCCUAAAUUCGAUUCAGCGAUUCACGACGACAAACAUCGUAAAUUCAUAGAUGGAUUUUGGCGAUGUAGACAUGCAUUCGAUAAAAUAGUAGAAAAAGAUACGGUAAUUCGAAUUGGAGCUACAAUACAGAGAACGUAUAAACCACAAAAGGAUUAUAGUAAAACAUGGUUUAAGAUAUAUGCAAGCGAAAAUUAUGAUCCAGUUCAUACAACUGAAGAUGGUUGUUUUUUUCUUGGUAAGGUUGCCAUUGAUCUUUCGAAUUCGGAACGUCGGAAAGGUUUAGAAGUUGAAUUCACCUUCGGAAACACUGAACUUGGCUUGACUGCUAUAGAAACAAAAACAGGAAUCAAAUGUAACGCACAGUUUGCAUUGAUAUAGGUUUAUUUUUUUAUAUCGUAUACUGGCAUAUGUUAAAUGUGUCCUGUAGGCCUAACAUAAAAAAGUUAACAAUGUAAAUAACAGGUUAUAGAGUAAAUGAAUCGAUAUUGCGA